GUUUUAGUGGUUUUACGUCAAAGUCAAUUGGUGAUUAAAUAUUCAAUGCUUACGUGUAUUUAAUAAAAACUUGAAUCGAUUUAACUUUAUUAUUAAUUUCGAAAUGAAAGUAUACACGUUUUUGUUACUUGCGAAUUUAGCAUUUUGUAAUGCUCAAGGUCCUACCUUAGUUUUAUUGGAUAAUCAAGUUAUCAAAGAGACCCACUCAAUAUUUUUCAAAUCCUUACAAGAAAGAGGAUAUUCACUUACUUUCAAAAUCGCUGAUGAUUCUUCUCUGGUUUUAUCCCGAUAUGGUGAAUACCUUUAUAAAAAUUUAAUUAUUUUCGCACCUUCUGUUGAGGAAUUUGGUGGUAGCCUAAACGUGGAGAGUAUUACACAAUUCAUCGAUGAGGGAGGUAACGUACUGGUUGCAGGGAGCAGCAUAACUGGAGAUGUACUGAGAGAACUUGCUUCAGAAUGUGGUUUUGAGGUUGAUGAAGAGAGAGCAUUUGUAAUUGACCACUUGAACUAUGACGUAAGUGACGAAGGCCAACAUACCAAACUGGUGGUUUCAGCUGAAAACUUAAUUGAUGCACCUGUUAUCGUUGGUCCAAAGAAAGGAAUAUUCCCAUUGCUUUACCAAGGGACAGGCUUGUUAGUAGAUCCUGAAAAUCCACUAGUUCUUCCUCUAUUGACAGCUGAUAGCACUGCUUACAGUUAUAACCCUGACGAACCAAUCAAAGAGUACCCUCACGCUGUUGGAAAGGAUACCGUUCUGAUUGCUGGUUUACAAGCAAGAAAUAAUGCCAGAGUCGUCUUCAGUGGUUCACUAUUGUUUUUCUCUGAUGAUUAUUUUACCUCUCCUGUACAAAAUGCACAUGGUGGAAAUGCGAAUCCUGUAUCAGGAAAUGCAGAUGUUGCAACUGCAAUCAGUCAGUGGGUUUUCAAAGAACAUGGACAACUUAGGGUUAGAUCUGUCAAACAUCACAAAGAGGGUGAAAAGGAAGCCCCCAAAGAUUACACGAUAAUGGAACAUGUUGUAUACACUAUCGAAAUUGACAUCCUCGAAAAAGGACAGUGGAAGCCUUUCACUGCCAAUGACAUCCAACUGGAAUUCGUCAGAAUUGAUCCCUUCAUUCGCACAACCCUUCAGAGGAAGCCAUCUGGCCACUAUGAAGCUAAAUUCAAAAUUCCAGAUGUUUAUGGAGUGUACCAGUUCAAAGUCGAUUAUGACAGAGUGGGAUAUACACGCCUCUUCAGUACCACCCAAGUUUCAGUGCGCCCCUUGCAGCACACCCAGUAUGAGCGGUUCAUCACCAGUGCCUAUCCUUAUUACACAGGAGCCUUCUCUAUGAUGUUGGGCGUUUUUAUAUUUUCCUUUGUGUUUCUCCAUUUGAAGGAAGACGAGAAGAAGUCUAAGAGUGAAUAAAGUAUUUUGUUCAUUGGUUAUUGUUUAUAAAUCAGUAAAUCACUUUCAAUAUG